AUGCCCCCAGGGCGCCGGCCGGGAGCUGGCAGCCCCCAGCCAGGCGCUGGGAACCCCCCGGGUGGCUCGCGGCGCCCCCGGGUUUCCGGCGGGGCGGAGAGGCUGCUGGUGCUCCCAUCCCGAGCUGGGCCCUCCCCUCGAGGACUCGAGGGCGCGCGGCUCCCCUUUGGCGCCUGCAGGAUGGAGCCGGUUCCCUCAAGAUGUUCCUCGCGUUCUCGACAAUGUGGGAAUCACUCGGUGGCCAGGGCGGACCGUGCCAGGCGCGCCGGCGCGCGGGGCCUCCACGCGCCCCAGGGCCUCGGCCUCAGCUUCCCGGGUCUAGACGUCCGCCCUGCGCGGCCGACAGCACCGGGCCGGGGAGGAGGAGAGCAGGGCACGGUCACCGCAGCGCAGCCCAGCCCGGAGGAGGAAGCGCCGCGGACCGAACGCUUCGAAGCCGCCGCCGGGGUUGAGGUCGCCGGUGUUCGUGGAGAGGGGGCGGCCUGGGCGUCCCCGGUCUGGGUGGACGCGGAGAAACCUACGGGCCUCGCGGGCCUGGCGCCCCGGACGAGAGCCCAGGCGCAGGCGACAGGCCUGAAGGCCGGGAGACGUGACCCUUCCCGCCUGCGCCGCCCUCUCCGCUCCGCGCGGAGGACCAGGCGGCGCCGCGGGCUCGUGGGACCCGGGGACCGGGCGGAAGGCGGGAUCCUGCACGGCCGGGGCGCGCGUUGCGAGCGCUUAGAGGCCGGGGCUCCCCCGCACCCCACGCCGGGCUUGGCUACCGGCGCCCGCGCUCACGGCGGGGCUCCCCGGGAGCAGCCAGCCCGGCGAAGGGGUCCUCCGAUGGGACUGCGGCUGACGCCCGCCCCCCGGGGCUCCCGGCCCGAGAAGAAGGAGCCCUCGGCGGAGGCCCAAAGGCUGCGGCCGCGUCCCUUCGCGAAGCUGAGGUCCUGGGGCGCUUCUCCCCGGGCCUUCUUUCGAACCGUCUCGAACCGUCCGCCCCCUCGGAUUCCCGCGGCGCCACCUUUCGGGGACGUCAAUGCGCCGCCCCCCGGCGCCCGGCUUUCAUCCGCCGCACAGCGGGCACUGUUCGCGGGACUUCACAGAGAUGCUAAUCCCGGGGCGGCAAGGACACGGCCUGGGAGGUGGGGCACGUGGCGAUGGGUCCGGGCUGGACACAGCCGGCGUCUAAUGCGUGCUGAGGAAGAAACGGCGCUCCCACAUCUCGCCAGGAGACCGCGCGUGCGCGUGGACGGUGCCGACGACUCUGCUGCAUCUCCUCGGGCCCCCCAAUCGGGGCCUCAGCUGCCGGCCCCGGAUGGCCCCGACCCCCUGCAGGGGUGUUGUCUUUCAAAGAGGACGCAAUUUGCCUCGAGUGCCUCCAUUGAACCCUUUAGAAACCUCGCCGGGGGGAGCAGAAGGGUGUUUGGAUCGUCGGCCACCCCCAUGGGGGGCGCCGCUUCGACUUCAACUUCUGCAGAGACCGGGCGUUUUGAACAUCACGGGAGGAUGGGGACGUCUGGGGGGCGGGACCCGAGCUGCAGGCGAAGAACCAAGGGUUGGCCACGCCCCCUUCCCCCGCUCCGGCUCGGCUCGAGCGCGCCCCCUGCGGGCCGCGGUCGGGAUCGGCCCCUCGGAGCGAGGUUGCUGCGCCGCGCGGUUGGGGCGGGAGAGGCGCCCCUCCUAGGUCCCCCGGGAGCAGCUCCCCGCCGAGGUCCCCGCGGGGACCCAUCCCGCGCGCUCCCGGAUAUCCGGUCUCUGAGGAGCCCAGGCUUCGUUUCCAAAAAGCGCGUCGGCGGCCAUUCCCAUUUCAGGGUGCGCGAGUUCCUCCGGGUGUACGCGGGACUCUGGGAGCGGGGCCUCCUCUUCCAGGCAGGACGCCUGGGUUUGGCCAUGGGAAAGCUGAGGCCAGGGUCGGCGACAGAGCCCAGGGGCCGGGCAGCAGGGACCGGGGCACCCGGGCCACGGGGAGGCGCCUUCCCACCCCCAGCGCGAGGCUUUGGAGACAUCACUUUGCACGGAAAGCUGACGUCCUUUUGUCCUCCGCCGCCCCCUCCCGCGCCCACCCGUGCCCCCCCGCGCCCACCCGGGCCCCGCGCACCUCUGGCCUCUUCCCGGGGGUGCAGCCCCGACCCCACCGCCCUGAGCGCGCAGCCCCGACCCCACCGCCCUGAGCGCGGGGCUGCACCUCCGCGCCCCCCGGGCCCCGCGCGUUCGCGGACCGCGAGUGGGUGCGACCCCCGCAUCUCCCACCCCCAGCGCUGCGUGGCCGGGAGCGGAUGGGGCGCCAGGCGCAGGUGGACCCCGCGGCUGCAGGCCUGUGGGCGGCGACUGGGCCCAGCCCGGGGGGGCUGA